CAGACUCAAGCUAGUGAAAUGAAACUUUGUAGGGCAUUGUUUUAGUGCUUGAUUAAAGAGGCGUUCAAAUGGACAUGAUUUUGUAUCCAAUCCAUACUACUUGCUUUCAUACUCUCACUCCCAUUUGAUUCUUAAACAGAAAGAAGAAGGAGAAAACAAUGAGAUGCUUUUCUGAUUAAUCCGCGAAGACCAAACUAAUCAUCAUUCAUCAAAAGUUUGUUAGUCCCAUUUGUGCAUUUCAUAUUUCAUGACUAUCACCCACGUUGGGUCUGAUGAAGAUAUUUCCAUUGAUAAGAGAAACUCAGUUCCCUUUCCAACAGCAGCCUCUGAAAAUGAAACUUCCUGUUUUGAUUGCAACAUUUGCCUUGACUCAGCACAUGAUCCUGUAGUCACCCUCUGCGGUCACCUCUACUGCUGGCCUUGCAUUUACAAGUGGCUUCAGGUUGAGAGCUCUGGACCAGGAUCAGUAGAAAACUCUAAAUGUCCAGUCUGUAAAGCUCACAUUUCAAACUCCUCGCUAGUGCCUCUCUAUGGUCGUGGGAUAUCAUCAUUGGAGUCUGAACCCAAGAAGGCUCAGGCAGAUGUAGACAUACCUCAUAGACCUCGAGCAAUUAGGACAAUGACACUGCGUAAUUCAGUGUCUCCAAUUCCUCGCUUACAUCAGAGACUUCGUCAAACUUCUCUCCACCCUCCACGGCCCUCCACAUUUCAACAUCACCGGCAAUACUUCCCCCAAGCCUUUGGUAGCUAUGCAGCUAUGGCUCCAUCUAGCUUUGGGAGCACAGCAAUGACCAGUUUGUUUAGCCCAGUGGUUGGUGUGUUUGGAGAAAUGUUUUCUUCAAGAAUGUUUGGAAUUGCUUAUCCUCAUCCUAGAUCUUAUUUCAUCCGAGGACGCAGUGGUCUUAGAAUGAGAAGGGAAGAAAUGCAGGCGGACAAAUCUCUCAACAGAUUGUCCAUCUUUCUUUUCUGCUGUUUUAUCUUGUGCCUACUCCUGUUUUGAGGUUCAUAUAAUGUUUAUCUUCAUCAUAUAUAUCAUAUAUAUUAUAAUUA